AUGGAUCUCCCGGUGCUGAAAGGUUAUUUACGCAAGAAAUCGCGUCACAAUCGAUGGCAGCGCCGCUACUUUGAAGCCACGACCCACUAUUUGACGUACUAUAAGACCCGCGAGAGUGAAAAGCUGCUGGCAUGCAUCGACUUGUGGCGUACGCAGACCAUCGACUUUCAUGCCGGGGACGACGAGAAACUCGAGUUUUCCAUCGCUAUUGGCGACCAAUCGUACCUGCUGAAGGCAGAUAGUCCAGACGUUGCGAUACAAUGGGUGCAGGGGCUCCAGGCCAGACAGCACCGGCCCGAGGGCACGCCGUCCGAGGCCUUUAGUUUCCGGAGCGAACACAUGGAUGCAGAAAGCGAUGCGUCUUCUAGUGACUACAAUGGCCGUCGUCCACGGGCUCUGUCGUCUGACAACGGGUCUGUAUCUGGCAGUCGUCACUCGUCCUUGUCCGUGUCUUCAUACGUUGAGACGCACAAUCCUGUGGUCCCGAACGCUGAUGUCAUUGCGAGACAGUCGCUAUCACACGCUGAUGCGCCAAAUUCAGUGGUUCCGAGCGCCGAUUUGAUUGCCCGGUCGUCGGCCUCGCAUGCAACAACGAACGUAAUUGCUGGCCCGAGUGCCGUUCCUGUACCAGGACCCCGGUAUCCCAUGGUGAUUACGGAUCAGCAGGUCACGCGGUCUGUAGCGGCAAAGAAUGCUACGAGCUCGACCCGAGAUGACGAGCAUCGUGGCGACUUGCAGUGCUGUGCACCGUGCCUGAUCAUGUAA